GUUAUACCUGUCUGUACCGAAGAGGAGGACGACCACGCCUCCUACCUGCGGAUCUACACGGUCACCGCCUCCUCCACAGCCAGAGAGCGCGCGAGAGAGGUGAAAUGUGAGCGCUUCAGCAGACACUAUGGCAGGAGGACAGAGAAAGGAAGGAAAAUGGCGUAGCAACCAGUGGAGAAAGGACAGAAUGAGUGGUGCCAUCAAUGAGUACCAGGAGGUCAUCGAGAGAGGGCAGACACCAAAUGAUCACUUUGAGCAAAGGCCUGAAACUUUCCAAAGACCACUUUGCAAAGCCCAUUAGCAUUAUAGUUGCUGGCUUUGGCUCUGCAUUUGGGAGGAAGCGAUACCUGCCAGAAAGAAGUUUGAGAACUGCUUGAAAAUGUGUGAGCAUUUUCAGUCAGGGAACAUUGCGUGGAAUAAGUCUCCUACUCCCUCAUUUGACUGUGUGAUUGGUGUUUUGUCACUGUGUUCAGCGUCUGCUUUCAGCGAGGGCCUACACCUAUAUCUGUUGGUGCUUGCCCCAGUGCUGGUAUUGGAGAUGGGGAUGGAGAUGACAGUAGAACAUAACUGGGAAAUACAGAACCUGGGGCCCGAAGCAAAAUUCCACUAAGAGGCCCUCGUACCCGACCCAUGAGCCAUGUAAACCAUUUCCCUUUGCCACACAGUCACACCUGACACCCCUGUUCUCCCACCACAGUCCUCCCUCCUUUACAACAGUUUGCUCCAUCGGUCAGUCUAAUACAUUGACAAAAUGAGGUAGAAAUAAUAUUAAUUGAAUAAAAUAUUUUCUAUAGAAUCCUAAGAUAAAUGAAUAUUUUUUAAUAUACUUUUUUAAAUUAACGUUCUCUCAAACAAACAAACAAAAAAAAUUUUUGUUUAACCUUAACUUGAGGUCUGAAGAAGGAAGGACUUGGAAGGAAGUCUGUCACACAAAUAAAACAACAUGAUUUGCAUCAGGCUUAUUAUAACUCUCCUUUUUUUGUUCUUUUUAUGAAUUUGAAUCAAUUCUUGACAUUUUCCUUAAGGCUUGGUUGUCUUUGACUCUGUUUCAUUUUGGCACCACUGGAGCCUGUUUCUGUUUUUCUUUUUAAAAUGUUUUAUCUCUUCUAGUUAUGAUUCAACUUAAAUAGCACCACCAGUGAAACUAGAUGCAUAGGGGAGACUUGUGGUUGGAGAAACUGUGACAUCCCAAGGGGAUUGUUAGCCAGCUACAGGCUGUUAUAAAGCACGACAGUCAACCCGCCACUUUGAUUUUCUUCGGUUUAACUAUACCAUAUUAGCAAGACAAGCAGUAUGCACUGGGAGAAAUCACCACCAUCAGCACUGGCCAGGUCCAGACCAUACCAAGGUGUUCGAGUCAGAGACCCGGUCAAAGAGCUGCUGAGGAGGAAGAGGAGUUUGGAGCCUCACAGCACCAAGACAGCACCCCCUGCUGCGGAUGUGGUCUCACACAACCACCAGUCAUCAUAUACACAAGCCAUCUUUGGCUCUGAUGUUGCCAGCGGCACCACAGCUGAGCCGUCAGCUGCGGCUGGAGAUGGAGGGCUGCAGUGCACAGGAUGGAAAGCUUCACCUCCUGCCACCAGCGCUGGCCUGCAGCCUGGCACAACACAAUGGUCUCCACCUGAAUACAGCCAGCAGGACCCUUCAACUCAGACUCUGGCCUACCCAGCCAACACCCUGACUGCAGACUUGUAUAUGCAGACUCUGUGCCCCAGCUACACCAUGCUGACCUACACACACACACCACUGCUCACAAACUUUGGGACCAUACCAGUGGCACCGGCACCAGCUUCCCUCCCUCAGAUGGAGCUUCCAGACUCAGGGUUGACCUACCUCCCCUGGGCCCAGCCCCUCACCACCAUAUCUACCAUGCCCAACCCGGGGGUCCAGUUUGCCCCCGGCUCUGCAGCCCUGUCCGGGUCACCUCUGGUGCACAUGCCAUUGUCCAUGUCUUUGACCACCAUGAUUCCUCAGCUGGAAGCCCAGGGUUUAGACCCUCAGCCCCAGAUCCUCGACCUCCCACAGCGUUCAGAGCACGAGCUGGACUCUGAACCACAAGGCCAGUCUCUGGAUGACGAUCGGGGGAUAGAGCCAGAAUCGCCAAACCUACUGGAUAAACUUCUGGAGGAUCACAAGGAAGAUGGUGAAGAGGAGGACAAGGACUCAUAUAACAGCUCGCUCUUCAUACCCAAUGUCUGAAAUUAUGAGCAUUCAUUUAAUCUGUAGAGAGCAGUAUUUUUACUCUUCUUGUUUUCUCAGGAGCCAUGGUUUUUUUUAGACCUUUGCCAUACAUUUUGACUUAUUUUCAGAUGUCACAGAGCCAGAACCCUGUAAUUAUGCAUUCUGGAUUAUUUCAGUUUGUUAUAACUUGGGUUUUGAUGUUGUUGCUGUAGUCAAAGUAGCUUCCAAAAUCCGGGCUGUAUUGCCAAAUGGACAAAUCAGGUCCCCAGAGCUCCUGGACCUAAAGCCUCCAGCUGUCUGUGUGAAAUUUACUUCGUAGUAAUUUGAGUCAUUACAAAUUUGUUUGGCAAUAUGCACCACUGAAGCACAGUUAGAAACUGAACCCUGAGGUCCUGUGUUGUGAAGAAAACCUGAGUCACAAUCAAGUUAAAAUAUCUUUAUUAUUUAAGUUGGUAUUUUACUUAGACGAUGAAUAUUCUUUAAAAAAUUUGUGUUUAAGCAAAAUGAUCACUAAUUAACUAACGGUUUCUAGUACUCUGGGAAAAAUGGGUUGGGGGAACAUUUAUGUAGGGGGAGGUAAAUAGGGGGACCAGAGUUCAGCAGGUUAGUCUGGCCCUGGCUGAGAUCUGAGAACACAGCAACAUUGUGAAAGUGAUGUAUGUAGAACACGGUGAAAAUCAAGCGGUCAGAUGACCAGGCAAGUUGUAAACAAGCCAAGAGUUAACCAAAUUAUCUAAACCAAUUUAAAUGGAGUUAAGAUUGAAAAUGAACACAGCCAACGUGUCAGUAAUAAUGUUGCAUUUCACGGUAAAACUGUGUGUGUGUGUGUGUGUGUGUGUGUGUGUGUGUGUGUGUGUGUGUGUGUGUGUGUAGGAAGGAAUCAAAGUUUAACCAGACAGUUGGUCUGUAAAGUACUUUGGAAGUUUACAAGAGACAGUGUGGGUAAUAAUUUACAGACCGCCUUCAUGCACUAAAUAUUAGCAUUUGUAAGCAGUAGAGUGUUGUUGCCAAAACCUGUCUGGUGAUCUUUUCAGUGAUUUGCUGUGUUCCCAGAACUUAUAUAAUUAAUUCAGUCAUUACAGAUUUUUCAUGACAACAAAAAAUACAGGAAUAAGACCUGAGUUGUAUUAAACCAUGUUAUAAAUUGUACUUCUUCCUUUUACACCUUUUCUUUCAAUUACAGCCAAAAUGCUUUCAACUAUUAUUGCUAUUUUUAAAUGCAUAUGAGGUGUAGCAGAGGUAGAAGCCACCAACUUGCUCUCUUUUUUUUCUGAAUGAAAUUUUGUUUAUGUUUAUGCUCACACAAUGUGAUGUUACACACCUUUUUUUUUUAUAAAUCAUAUCAAACUGA